AGAGAGCAUGGAGCGUUCAGAGCAGAACCAAACCUCAGGCAGCAAAAGAGACAAGGUGGAUGUUUUACGGGACUUCCGGGAGUCUUUCUUCGCAAUGAGUCAGCUGGUUUCGUUCCCCUGGACCUUUUUAGGAAAAGAUCUCGAAUCCAACAAAUCGUCAGAUCUGAUUUCAGACAUCCUGAAACAGACGUGUCUUCACUCUCUGUGCCGGAAGUUUCCACCUUCAGUCAGAUACAGGAAGCUGUUCCUCUCCGAGCUCAUCAGACAGCAGGAGGCCGCGGGCUGCGAUCCGCUGGACGAGCUAUACGACGCUCUGGCUGAAGUGGUCGGUGCUGAAGACUCGACCGAGUGCUACAAGAGCUACAUUCUGCCCAGCGGUGAAGCGGUCAGCCUGCUGGAAAACGUCGCUCUGAUCUCAGACGGGACCACCGGCCUGGUGACGUGGGACGCCGCUCUGUACCUGGCCGAGUGGGCUCUGGACCACCGGCAGAACUUCACCGGCAGGACGGUUCUGGAGCUGGGCAGUGGCGUGGGUUUGACCGGCAUCACCAUCUGUCGCUCCUGCGGCCCGAACAGAUAUGUCUUCAGCGACUGUCACCCCAGAGUCCUGCAGAAGCUGAGACACAACGUCCGGCUGAACGGUCUGACCGAGCGGACGGUCGGCGUGGAGGAGCUGGACUGGACCUCAGCAUCGGAGGAGCAGAUCGCUCAGAUCGGGGCCGACACCGUCAUCGCUGCAGAUGUGGUGUAUGACCCAGAUGUUGUAGAGCGUCUGGUGGAGCUGCUCUCUAAGGUCCUAAGGUGUUCGUCUCCGGAGGUCUUCAUCUGCUCCACCAUCAGGAACCAGGAGACAUACGGCGGCUUCAAGCAGCAGCUCGAAAAAGCAGGAAUCGUCCAUCACGUGAUCACAGGAGCCGUGAGUCAGGUGUUUCCUUACAACAGAGUCUUUGCUGUAGAGAUGAUCAGACUGUUCAGGCGACGCCACCGGAGACAAUAAAGAUUUUAUUUACAAAUGUACAUCGUAUCAAAGUCCUUUUUACACAUUUAGGUGCCCUGAAGUAGAAAAAAACACACUGGAAUGAAAAGGUUUUUAUUCAGGUCCUUGUCAU